AUGUCUAGCAAGAUGGAGUACGUCCGGCUGGGCAACAGCGGGCUCAAGGUGUCGCGCCUGAUCCAGGGCUGCAUGGCGUUCGGCUCGCCGGCCUGGGAGGGCUCCCCCUGGACGCUGGGCGUGGACGAGGGGCUCAGGCUGCUCAAGAAGGCCUACGACCUGGGCAUCAACACGUGGGACACGGCCGGCACGUACAGCAACGGCGCGUCCGAGGCCACCGUCGGCAAGGCGCUGCGGCAGUUCGCCAUCCCGCGGUCGCGCGUCGUCCCGGCGGCCAACGACGGCGCCCUCGUCAACCAGAUGGGCCUCUCGCGCAAGCACGUCUUCAAGGCCGUCGACGACUCGCUGGCGCGCCUGGGCACCGACUACAUCGACGUGCUGCAGAUCCACCGCCUGGACCGCGAGACGCCGCCCGAGGAGAUCAUGGAGGCGCUGCACGACGUGGUGCGGAGCGGCAAGGUGCGCUACCUCGGCGCCUCGUCCAUGUACGCCUGGGAGUUUGCGCGCCUGCAGCACGUCGCCGACAAGAACGGCUGGACAAAGUUUGUGAGCAUGCAGCCCUUUUACAACCUGCUCUACCGCGAGGAGGAGCGCGAGAUGCUGCCCUUUUGCGCCGCCACGGGGCUGGCCCGGCCCAACAGGAAGGGGGAUGGUGGCGGUGGGGCGGCGCCGACGCUGCGGGAGCAGACGGACGUAAAGUCGAGGCGGUGGAACGAGACGGCGAACCCGGCCAUCGUCGACCGGGUCGAGGAGCUGGCCAAAAAGAAGGGCGUGAGCAUGGCGGUGCUGGCGACGGCCACCGAGGAGAGGAUCGAGGAGGCCGUGCAGGCGCUGUCGGUGAAGCUGACGGAGGAGGAGCUGAGGUAUCUCGAGGAGGAGUACAAGCCGCGGGAGGUACAGGGGAUGUGA